CUCCAGCACGCCCGCGACCCUAGUGAGAAUAAGCACUGGAACGGCAGAUGAAUCAAUGAAUUAUUUUACCCCAAGAGGCACAGCGACGACUCAUCCAGGUCACAAAGAAACCCAGGACAACAUCUAAAAAUCUAAAGUCUAAAGUCGGCACGACUAAGCGGUAUCGAUGAGUGACUGCGGAGUUCUUUGAGGUGGCCCACUUACGUCCUCGCCUUAAGAAAUGGGACCACUGGUGCAAAUGGACGUUACUUUCAGCCCCACGAGCGUCACGCCUUUGAUGUAUUUCACACACGCACACCUUGCAACCCAUCAGAGACAGGUCAAUUGGAAACCCCCGCCCAGCCCUCCUCUCCUUUCUCACGCAUCAAGACACGGGUGAUCAUCUGCCCAGCCCCAAUUUGAUUUGACGAGCGUCCUAGGUCACGAGACGUCUGGCACGCACGUCGCCUAUAAAAGCGGCGGGACGUUCUCCCACCAGGCAGCCAAACGCAACGCGACUUGCAGGAGAGGAAGCUGCGCGUAACGGCACAAGUGCGUCCCAGACAUGGAGAGGUCCCUCCGGUUUGCUUUGGUAUGCUUUGCAGUGUCCCUGCUCAUCUCGUGUCACCCCGUCCAAGCCUGGUACAAGCAGUCCACCGGGCCCGCUUACUACUCAGUGGGGCGCGCCUCCGGUUUGCUCUCCGGAAUCAGGAGGUCGCCUUAUGUGCGCAGGUCCGAGUCCCAAGAAACGUCAGUGGACAGCGGGGAGACGAUCGGCGUCAACGUUGUUCCGGAAACGGCCAGGCAGAUCUCCUUGCUCAAAAGUAUGGCUAUUUGCGUGAAGAACAUCUCCCCAAACCUGAAGAGCUGCGAGUUGCUGCGGGACGGUACCGGCACCUUCCAGUGCAAGGCGGACGUCUUCCUCACCGUGGACUCGCUGGACUGCCUGUCCGCAUGAGUCCACAGUGCGCUCAUCUUGGAAAGGAGGCUCGUUGUCGCCCAUUAUAGAGCCCUGAAUGUUUUGGGUUUCUUUCUUUCCUUAUUUAAAAGGUGCAAUUAAAAACAAUUUUAUUGUUGUGUGUUGAGCGAAUAUUCAAUUAGAAUGAAUUCACUGCAAAGUUUGUUUGGCGUAUGUGAGAAAGUUCAUUCCUGUAAAUUAAUUUUCGUCUAUUAAAAAUGAACAUAUUUGAAA